GCGCGGCUGUUCAGCGGAAUCACUCGGUCGAGUCAUUUAGUUGCACUUGAAGUUGCUCCUGCUCAACAAGUGGUCCGUCCAUCCGAGAGUUAAAUAAAAACCGCGCUUUUUUUUAUUAAACUUUCCUCAAACGAACGCGUCGACAUUAAAUGUUCUUUUGAUUGGAACCGUCGCAGUUAUCAUCUUCAUCUCUAAUUAUUUAAAAUGUGGGAGAUCCAAAACCCGAUGAAAACCCAAAGCUUACCCAGAAGGUAUUCGGAAAAAUUUGGAUCAGUGUCAGUGAAAACAAACUACAGAUCUUAUCGGGACUACCUGCAGAGCUUUAACGAAAGUAGAACCGGCUCCAGGGACGAUCAAGAAAGUCUUUCUUCGGCCGACAGUGGAAUUUCAUCGUAUACACUUUCUGAAAGCAAAAGUGCCAAUAGCUCAUCGUGCAGCGUCAGCUCUGACCUUAGCACCAAUUCCCAGAUCAGAAAAAACGAAAUCAGCUUCGUUGGUGUCAAACCUUACAAAGAGUUUUUGGAGAACUACAGCACCAAAAAGUUCAGCCCCGUGAAACCAACCCUGCCUGAGAAGAAAAAUAUUAAAAGUGAAAUUUACAUAGAGGUUGUUGGAGUAGAAAAUGGAAAGAAUGGAAGGAACAGUGCAGAAAGACUUGACGUUACCAAUUCCAAUGGAUCAGUAAGUCCAAAAGAAAAUGGUAUUAAAACAAAUGUAUUAAAGUUAGAUAAAACCACCACCCAUAAAUUACCACCAAAUGGUAUCAUUGCUCAGAAAACAAACACAGAAGAAAUAUUCAAGCGGUCAAAUGGAUAUAGCAGCGGAAGAACUGUAGAAACCAUAAAGAAAUUUAAUGAUUUAAGCAAGAAAGAUCAGCCUUUAAACGGUACGCUAGGAAAGACAAAAAGUAGAGCCAAACCCGAUGUCGUCCCCGAAAGGAGCUCUUUUAUUAACGGAAGAACAAGUCCUUUCACGGUUCAACAAGAAGACAACAAACUUGAACAACUAAGUCCAAAAUCACGCAACAGCUCUCUUAAUGGCGGAAAGGUUGUAUUAACCAAAUCCCAAACGUUACCAAAUGAUUAUAAAUCGUUUGGUUCAUCUAAAAAUUUGAACGACCAAGCAAAACCCAAUACCAAAAUCGGAGACCAAACAGACUGCGCAGUCAUCGAAAAAUUCGAAACAAAUCAGAGAAAAAGCUCGUUGCAAAAUGGAUCUACAAAAUUCAGUGCAAAUGUUUGGCAAAUUUCCGAAGAAUUGAACAAAAUAAACGCAAGACUUCUAAAUGGAAACAUAAGCAAAAUAGACGGACACCAAAACGGGGAAAAGGAAAAAGGAACAUCGUCCAGUGAAUCUUUGAGUUCUUAUUCCUCAAAUGAAUUUUUAAAUCACGAUGAAACCUUAGAGAAACAAGUCGAAUCAACGUUCGAAAUCCCAGUUAUACAAGUGGAAUCUCCACAAGAAUUUUCAAUUCCACCACCUCCACCUCCACCACCGCCAAUGUUAGUAAUGGAUUCUAAGACAUCAUCGUCAAGUUCUCCAAGAAAAUGGAGCUCUGUCAAGACUGACUGCGAACAAGCCCAAACCUCAAAGCCAAAAGAGACCAAUCAAGCAGCAAUGAACCUGGCCAAGGUCCUCAUAGAAGGCACAAGAAAACUGAGAAAGACAAAAUCAUUUGGCGACGAGUUAGAGAGUAACGGCAAUGGAUUACAAGGAGACUAUGACAAUACUCAUAAAACGCAACAAAAUAGAAUACCGUCUACUUUAUUAAAGCCGAUAUCUCCGCAAUCCUUGACGGAUCGAUCUCAACCGGUGCUGACAUCAACAACAACAACAACAACUCCGAAUCAUAUUACCAAUGAUGGAGGUAGUAGUAGUAGUAGUCACAACAAUUAUCGCGAAAACAAGGAAAGAACGUCGUCCCCACCAAAAAAAAUUGAUGUGCAGCCCUUGAAAUCCAUAUAUAACGGUCAGUCGAACGCGAAUGGAAGAGUUCCGGUAAUGUCGAGCACGUUGAGGAGAACGAUGAGCGGAUCAAAAAUCGAAAGCACCGCGUCAAUACUCGAAGCCAAUGCGAAGACUGUCAUCCCGGUAGCUGACAGGAACGCGAAAAUCGAGAAAACAGACCCGAACGUUAAAAAAAUGGUUUACAACACGUACAGGGGACUAUUAGGAGCUUACAAUCCCAAGGCCAAUGGCAUUAUUGCAACAUUGCCCAGGAAUAUGGUCAGGGAAGAUCAAGGAGUCACAAAGCAGUUGGAAAGCAUAGCAUUGCAAGGAGGUUUAGACAAACUCAAUGGUCGAGUUAACCCAAAUCCUGACAAAGAUUAAG